CCACUCAACAUGUCACGAAGCUCCAAGAAAAUAAAGCCCAAAGGGCUUAUUUGGACGUUGUUGAGUUGCGUCAUUGCAUUCAUUCUCUCUGGAAUUGACAUGGUGAAUGCCCUAAAGCGAGGCCGAUUACUGGUGCCAGUGACAUAUACUGCGCUGGAGGGCGAUUUACGCGUUCAGCUGCAAAAUGUCCAGCUGGACGAUUCUGGCCACAGGACUCAGGAUCAUCGGCUGCACAUCACGCGCAUAGAGGAUUCAACUCGCACGACAGUUAGCACUAUCGAUAUCUACCCAGACCCCGUCUCCAAUGUCACCCAGAUCACCGUUCCCUGCCAAUACUUCCUCCGUGGCGGACUGUACGAGUUCGAGGUAGUGGGCGGCGAAUCGCCCGCCCAGCAGGGCCGAGACAGUCCGCCGAGGGAGCAUCUUAGGCAGCAGCUGGAUGUGAGAUGGCCCAUGGCGAAAUUAAGUGUAACACCGGAAUCGAUUGGAACGUACCCGCAGGAGCCGGUGGAUGCUAUCUUGGAGUUUCCAAGUGUUGAGUGUAGCUUCCCAAACACAGAUUCACUGGAUGUGCCCGAGUUCUGGCUUGAGCUCAACUACUGCGGCCAUGAGAUUUAUUGUGACAGUAUGAAUGUAACCAAGUCGCAGAUUUUAUAUGCUGAACAAGUUAGGGGUUUCCCACGGACUCGAAUCGUUAAGCUGCGAUGUGAAUUAUUUGGUCUUGCCGGACACUAUGUGCUCAAAUUACGCCCAACCUCACCCACGCCCAACAUCGUGUCAGCAUCAGCAUUUAUAAAGGCUGAUUGGAGCGACCAAUUUGUGUUCAACGUUCACGCCCGCAGCAUAUUCCCAUGCGAUCCAAUGACUGGUGGCAUUGGUGUGCUGUUUGAGUAUCCGGCAUGCAUCCUUGAUCAGGCGGAUCGUGUCCGUUUAUUUGCUAAAUUGCGUGCAGAUGUUGCCUCAUUGGCGCCACCGACAUCCCUGCACUACGUCACGGAGCAACGUGUCGUCCGUGGACAGCAUUCCCUGCAUUUCGAUUGCGACCUGUUCUCCGAAAAAUAUGUGGAAUACUGCUUCGUGUAUGUGAGUCAAGCCAUCUCCGGUGCAGUAGCGGACAUUCGUAUGGACUGUGUGCCCACGCUGCCUGUCAGUGAGCAAGACACUGGCGGUUGGGGACCCUUCAGCGAGUGGACACCGUGCUCCACAACGUGUGCCGGGGGCACGAGGAAUCGUUAUCGAUUCUGCGAUUCACCACCUCCGCGAUACGGAGCCAAAUUUUGCGAAGGUCCCGCCGUGGAGACCGAGCGCUGUGGUGGUCCAGAAUCUGGCACUUGGGAGUGCCUCUAUGGCUCGGGCAACUCACUCACUGGCGAGGUGCCAGCCGACAGGCCAGAGGUGAUAGCGGAAAUUGGGCCAGGUUGUCGCUGUGGAUGCAUUGUGCAUCUGGGAGCUGUGAAGUCUCGCCGUCUUAUCGCCUCCUCGUCACGCAGCUGUCCAGGCAGGACGUUCUGGUUGGUACAGGCAGACGACAGGUGUCACAUCCGCUUCAAGCUGGACUUCUUCCGCCUGCCGUGCGCCUCGCAGUACCUCAAGAUUCGCGAUGGCGACUCCCUGGCAUCUAACUUGAUUGGAGAGUUCAUUGGAGGAUACACAAGAGUGCCGGAUAGCGCCACAACCAGCGGCUCCCAGAUGCUCCUCGAGUUCCUCUCCGAUGAGCUCGCGUCGAUGGGCGAAUCCUGCGGGGGCGGCUUCUUGGCUCACGUUCAGCAAAUAUGUCAUCAGAAUGCAAGUUUUCCUGUAACUAGCAGAGCCAUCAUCCCAAUUUCCACGAUAGAAUCAAUUGCCAUGAAAUUAACCAUCGCUCAUGUGGCUGCCAUCGCCUUUGUGAGUGUGAUCAUCGUUGUGAGUCUUAUGCUCGGCACGCAAUACAUCUUCCGGUAUCGCAAGUAUCAGCUGGCUGAGAACAAGGGCGAACCUGACUCUCCGGCUCACACGCCUCGGACAUCACUGGGUUCGUUAGCGGGCAACGGUCCGCCAUCCAGGGCUAUUUCUACCACCACCCUCCUGUCGGACGUCAUCUCCCUCGUCAAGUUCCGACCGGGAAGUCGACGUCGGAUGAAACACUCCAGGUUGCGAGAGAACACGGACACGGACACACUCACCAGGAGCUGCGAGGGAGACGCACACGGGGCCGAAGUUGAUGAAGUAGAAGCCGAUAAGUCCCACAGCGAUGAUGACGGCAGUGUAAUGAGUUCUCUCACCAUCACCAAUGAGAAAAUCAAUGAGAACAGUGGGAAAACUCCGGGAGAAUCCUCCAGCGCUGUGUCGCCCACGUCCCUGGCGAACAACACGCCACCGUCGGAUGGCUCAAUUAGUAGUCUGCCGCCCACGCCGCUGGACACCCCAAUGCCCGGACGACGAGAGCUGGAGACGCCUUCGGAGGUGCUGGAAACGAAAAGUGUCAAUGGGAGCAAGUCCGCGAGGGUCCGCCGGGACACGGACACGGAGAGUCUCAAGAGGAUGAUGAUUGGAGUCCAGAUGGCACGCAAUAAAAAGCUGAGUGUCAGCAAUGUCACGCUGACGAAUGGGAGCUAUUCGCCGGCUCUUAGUCUGACCAGCACAGCUACAAUUCGCACCACGAGCCAGAAAGAGAGCAAGGAUAAGAGGAAUCGUCAGAAACUGCUCGCUGGUCCCGGAUCGGAAUUCUCUCUGGCGAAUCCUGAAGAUUUGGAACUGGAUUACUACGACUACAAUGUGAUCAACGCAGGAGCGGCACCGGGAUCAUAUCUCGGCAUGGAUCCUGCCUAUCUGGUCUGGAUUCCACCACUCGAUCAGGGCAACAUCAUCCGCGAACUGGCAGAGAAAGAGGACGCGGCGGAUCGAGAGAGUCCGCAAUACGAGGAAAUCCUGCCCAGGCACGAGAACAUCGACCCAGGCAGUAACACCGAGACGCCAGACGAGGAGAUUCCGACUCUACUGAAGAACUCCCUGAUGAUGAGAAAGUCGCCGGGUGAACCAGGAAUGAUUCAAAUGGAGGACUUCACAAAGAUGAGGGCUACGAAGUUGGCGGAGAAACUCAUCCCGACACGGGAGAAAGACGAGGAGGAGCAGGAGAAAGAGACUUCGGUGGUGAAAUCACCCAGCAAUUAUUUCGAGAUGGAUGACAUAAAAUUUGUAGACGAUGAUCACGAGGAUGACUGCAAUAAAAGGACCGAGUAUGCAGAAGCGAAAAGCCUGCCAGUUAAAACUUAGGCACUUCUCGCGGAGUGCAAGUGAGUGGUCUUAUGAAGAAUGAAUGGUCUUCAGGUCUUAUGAAGAGAUUUCGCUAGAGAGUCAAGGGGCUGCAAAAUGGAUGAAUAUUUGAGUUUGCAACUCUUCCAGUGUGUUGCAUUGUUAGAUUUUGGAAUAUUGAAUUGUUAAUAACACCCUUGAUAACACCAUUGAAUUUACAUGAACUCAUUUUAAGUCUGUGUUGUCUCAGAGGAUUAUGAUUGGUAAGAUUCGAAUAGACACAGAAAUCCGACUUUAUUUUAGAAUUGAAAUUGAAUAAUAAAUUUAAUUUGCCAUAAAUCGGGGAAUAUGCAAAGGAAUCAGUGAAAGAAAUUGUGGGACUGUGUUAAAAAUAAGUAUUUAAGUAUCAAAAUUGGGUUAAUUAACAUUAUUGUUGUAUUCAAAUGACUUUAUAGUUCUUCUCUCAAUGUUAUCAAAAUUCUUGGGUUUCGUAAUUACUCCUGAAUCGUAUUGUUGCUUUGGGAACAGUGGUUGACCCCCUGGUAAAUCUCUCUUAAUGAGUGAAAAUGCUGUGUGAAAGCUGGAAAGUGUGUUUUUCAUCAUCCAAAGUGAGAAAAUCAUUAGCAGUCAUUAAUAUUGUGAUACGAUAAAUUGCAAACUCGAAACGAGAGAGUUGGAUCCUUGUGCAAUAUGAAUAAAUUUUUCCCAACACCCGAAAGGGGAAUCCCCAUUCUCAGCCGGAGGAAUGUGAAAGGAAAGUUUUGGGCGGAAAGUUUAUCCCCAGUCUGUCUACAUAAUAAUGUUCUGUGAGUCGAGACUGAAGAUGACGUUUGUAAAACUACUCUAGCUCUCCAGAUGUGUGUAAUAAUAAGGAAAUUAAUUGCUGCAACAUACAUAAUACAAUUAAAAUAUAAAAUAAUUUCACAUCCAACAACUUUGUAGUUUGUUAACAAGAAAGUUAAAUCAUUUUCGUAUAAAGUAGCAAGUAAUGCAACGUGUAAUUAAUCUCCAGUAAUUAGCCUAUACCCACCACAUAAGCUAUGUACAUGUAUUCUGAUUGGGUGGAGAGUCCUGCGAGAUUGCCUCCAAGAAGAAAUUCUCUCGGAAGACUUAUGUUAAUGUCGUGAAGAAAUUGUCAAGGGAAGAAGACGCGAAUAGCUUCAAAAAUUCUAUCAAAGAGCUAUUCUGCAGUGAGGAAAGAUACCAAUAAACAUAGCAUAAGAUAAUAAAGAAAUAUGGAAAAAUAAAUUUAGGAGUAAAGUAUGAAAUAUAAGAAAGCAAAAAUAUCUGUAGACAAAACACUAGUCAUAAUUUAUAUUUUGUUAUGUGUAGCAUAUGGCAUUUCUACAACUAUGCCUAGAGAGAUGGAAUGUAGAUGAUUGUUAUUUUACCACCAUUAUUAUUUAUUUGGAAUUUACCACUUGAAUUUUUAAUAAAUCUGUACAUUGAACAA